UCAGUCAAGACCAAUAGACUUCGUUUUGCCCAGUAUUCCUCCGGCUUUGGCGGCACUAGCUAGUCCUGGAGCUGCAGAGACGACCUCGCUAUCAUCGAGUGAAUCUUCGGAUAUCCCUUUGUGGGCUAGACUAGCCUUGCUAGAGCCUGGGCCUACACUUCUGGGUGGACUCAAUCCAGAACUCUACCGCAUCAGCGUAGAGAAACCGGAAGAGGAAGUGGUCUUCCCCGAUGGGCAUGUCGGUCGGAUCUGGAUCGGGAUGCAGUACGAUUCUGCGGGAGAACGUCUUGUCGUGUCGCUCAUCAAAAUCAAGAAUCUCCCUUCCAGAGUCUACGGCUGUAAUAACUGCUGCGACCCAUUCGUUCGUAUUUAUGUCCUUCCUGACGAAAGAAGAUACGUUCAAUCGAAAAUGAAGAAGAAAACUUGCAAUCCGAAAUUCGAAGAAAAUUUUGUUUUCCAG